CACAGACACACACACUCUCUCUCUCUCUGUGGCUGAUAGCUAUUUCCUCCCUCAGCCUCACUCCCCCCCGCCUGCCCGGUGCCUUCUCCGGCUGCCACCAGACGCUGACUGUCCCUGGGGCUGGAAUCCUGUCUCCCGUGCCCAGGUAAGGAAGCAACAAUAGCCCGGGGGCUGAGCAGCCUCAGUGCCCUCUCUGGAUCCAUGAAGGCACUGUUUUGACAGGGAAGAGGCUCUUCACGGCUAGGAUGGUAGAGGAUUGGGUUUCACAGGACUGGAGGGGACACGCUGCCCAGAGAAGGGAAGGGCACGGUUUCUUGGACAUUCACUGGAAGCCAGGCAUGGGGGUAAACCACAAGAGCCUCUCUUCCCAGACUCACAAGCGGUCUCUGCGUGGGACGAUGACAGGAGUCUGAGGAGUCCUGAGCAAGAGAGCACUUACACAAAGGACCUACUGGAAUCUCUGGCGCCACAGGACAAUCUGAAUUCCCAGUCCCUGCCAGCCAUCCCUUACCUCCUGCCGGCAGCCUCCCUGCCACCCCCGCCGCCCUGCCCUCCUGGAUCUCAACCAGCUUCACAUUAGGAAGUCUUGGGGUUUUGAUGAAGCCGUGAGUGUGUACGUUUGGGGUGUCUGCACAUCUGCCAGAGGCUGGCUGCCCCAGCACUUACCUGAGUAGAUUUUCAAUCGUUACCUGCUGAAUAAUGCAAUUACCAAGAGCCCACCAUGUCUGUCAAUGUCACGCUCAAGCUGUUCUGCCCGGUCCUGGAGCAGAUGAGGAGCAUCCAAGGCCACAGCAACUCCAGCAUGCGCUACAUGGACCACGUAUCGGUGCUGCUGCACGGGCUGGCUUCGCUGCUGGGCCUGGUGGAGAACGGACUCAUCCUCUUCGUGGUGGGCUGCCGCAUGCGCCAGACUGUGGUCACCACGUGGGUGCUGCACCUGGCGCUGUCCGACCUGCUGGCCACCGCCACACUCCCCUUCUUCACUUACUUCCUGGCUGUGGGCCACUCGUGGGAGCUGGGCACCACCUUCUGCAAGCUGCACUCCUCCAUCUUCUUCCUCAACAUGUUCGCCAGCGGCUUCCUGCUCAGCGCCAUCAGCCUGGACCGCUGCCUGCAGGUGGUGCGUCCCGUGUGGGCGCAGAACCACCGCACGGUGGCCGCGGCCCACAGGGUCUGCCUGGUGCUCUGGGCCCUGGCCGUGCUCAACACUGUGCCCUACUUCGUGUUCCGGGACACCAUCCCACGGCUGGACGGCCGCAUCAUGUGCUACUACAACGUGCUGCUCCUGAGCCCGGGGUCCGACCGCAACGCCACAUGCAACUCGCGCCAGGCAGCCCUGGCCGUCAGCAAGUUCCUGCUGGCCUUCGUCGUGCCGCUGGCCAUCAUCACCUCGAGCCACGCGGUCGUGAGCGUGCAGCUGCGCCACCGUGGCCGCCGGCGGCCCAGCCGCUUCGUGCGCCUGGUGGCGGCCGUGGUGGCGGCCUUCGCGCUCUGCUGGGGGCCCUACCACGUGUUCACACUUGCCGCCGCCUGA